AUGAGAGUCGAGCCCUUCAUAUUUCUAUACAUGUUUGCCUUCUCGUUGGAAGGGCUUACGAUCGCACAGUUAGCUCAGGACAAGAUAUGUGUGGCCAGGUAUGCGCUGACCGGUGACUAUUGUGCACAAUUGGGUGAAAUGGUUACCAGCGAUUCAAAGAAUCGGAUUCUGGCGGACGUCACCACAUUCACGCUCUACAAGACUCUAAUCAACACCAUUCCCGUCAUAUUUUGGUCACUAUUUUUGGGCGCCUGGGCUGACAAACACUCAAAUGCACCCAAAUUCCUGAUGAGCAUAGCAUCCAUAGCCUCGUGUAUCGAAACCGCGCCGUUAGGCAUAUUUAUUGGCGGAUCAUUGAUCGGGAAUAUAAUUAAGGGACCGAAUGGACAGUUACACGACUAUAGCUCUGUAUUUAUAGUGGGAUUUAUAGCGCAAGUGUUGGCCACCGUUUGGAUUAUUUGGAUACCAUUUGAAAAACGCAUUUAUAGUAAAACUCAUAAAACUUUCGACAAGAUUCAAGAGAUUUGUAUCACUGAAGAAGUCGUCAACAAUAACGACGAGAGGGAACCGUUGCUUAAGAAAAGUGUCACAUUUUGUGAUGAAAUAAAAACAGUGGAACAGGUGCUGGAUAUAAGUUUGUGCGAACAGGAAAGCCGGUGCGCCAGUAGUGCCACUCUAUCGCAAAAUAGUUUAACCGAAUCUGCGGCGCCUAUAGCGGUAGAUGAGGUUCACAGUGUGAUACCGGCGCCCGAUGUGCACUGGUAUGAAAUGUUCAAAGACUUGUUUGACAUGCAAAACGUGAGGGACAUGUGGAGCACGUGUACCAAACACAGGGCCGACGGAAAGCGCAAACAAAUAUGGAUUUUAAUGAUAUCACUGACACUGAUAACGUUGACUAAUAAUGGAUCGAUUGGUGUGUUGUUUCAAUUCGUUCAGCGAGUGUUUCAGUGGAAUCCCAAGACUUUUUCGGUGGUCAACGCCUCCACUCUAUUGAUGACAUCGAUAAGUGUG